GUGAAGGAAGAAGAAGAGGAAGAAAAAGUCUCGCGCUGGUUCAAAUUGUACGCUGGUACCACCGUACCACCACCGGUACGCUCACCGGCUCACAGAGCAUCCGUUGAGGAGGCCGUGGUGCGGCGGGAUUCGGCUGCGUGAUUUCUACUCCGCCACAAGCACGCUACCUGCCUCUACGCUGGAUGCACUACGCAUAGAAAGCGCCUGCUGCUGUGACCCACAACCUUUCACUGGUCUCCACGGCUGAUUUAGAAGAUGCCUCGGACCAAGAAACUGGGUGCACGUUCGCACCAGCCGUCACCCCUUCAUGGAGCUGACACCAACAGCGACCAAGUCAGGCACCUGGAGUUAAUGGUCAAAGAGCUGGAGUGCACGUUAGAGUCAACAUUUGCCACAACUCAGGCCAACGCACGUCGGAUCUGCCGCAACGUAGACAUGUGGUACGACAACAUCAUCCGCACCGUGCCCAAGGAAGUGCUAAACCGUCCUUACAAGGAGGUGUGGGACAGCAUAUCCCCGAGCCCAACUCCAGACAUGUCUGUGGCGACUGCAUUGCUACCAAGCUCUGCUGGAUCCUCGGUUGUUGCGAGCGCCUCGGCUGAUGGUGAAGCAUCAACCUCUAAACAGCCACAAAAGAAGCCAACAACGGCACGAAAGGCGCGCCAGGGAGAGACACUAGUGCCCCUCACGGGCAGCCCUGUUUCCGGCGAGCCUCCGGAGGUUCCCGUGCAAGUCCACAUCGACAAAGGCCAGCCACAUCUACUCGCCUGAGAAAUGAGUGCGGAGCGAUGAUGAGUUGCUGCGACUGUGGGUGGUCAAAGAGAUAGCCAGCAAUACCAGUGACGAGUCUGUGAAGAAGCUGUGCGAGGCGAUCGAGAACCUCUGCAAGAAGUUGUGACACCUAAUGCGCCCACGACUCCUGGCAUCUCCAACUGCCUUUGCUGCAGAGUUUUUAAGCUCCCCUCUUGCGUUCCUUAACUUAUCGUGUAAAAAAAGUUUGCGUUUGACAUUGUGGUCUUUAA